AAACCAGAAGUCAGGAUGGUUCUUAUUGGAAAAACUGGAACUGGAAAGAGUGGAGCAGGAAACACCAUAUUAGGGAAAGAGCUUUUUGAAUCUAAGCCCUCCAUGUCUUCAGUAACAGCCACGUGUGAGAAGAAAGAAGGAAGUUGUUCUGAUGGUCAGAAACUGGUUGUAAUCGACACUCCAGGUCUGUUUUGUACUAAAAAACCAAACAGAGAAACACUGAGAGAGAUUGCAAAAUGCAUCAGCAUGGCUGCUCCUGGACCUCAUGUGUUCCUGGUUAUUGUCCAGGUGACGCGAUUCACAAAAGAAGAGCAGGAUACAGUUAAAAUGAUACAGUUAUUUUUUGGAGAAGAAGCUUCCAAAUACACCAUGGUUUUAUUCACUCAUGGAGAGCUGCUGAGGAAGAUGGGAGGAAGAGAAGCAAUUCAGAAUUUAAUCGAUGAGAAUGAAGCUCUCUCUGACUUUAUUGAACAGUGCCAUGGACGAUACCAUGUUUUUGACAAUGAAGAGAGUCCACUUCAAGUCAGAGAGCUGCUGGCGAAGAUCAACGCGAUGGUAACAGAAAAUGGAGGAAGCUACUACACCAAUGAAAUGUUCGAAGAGGCAGAGGAAGCAAAUAGAGAAGAAAUGGAAAGACUUCUGGAGGAAGAUCCAGAGAUGAGCCCUGAAAAUGCAAGAGAAAAAGCAGAGAAAGACAAUUCAUUCAUUCGGGGCUAUGUAGCAGCAGGAGCUGGUGGUGGAGCUGCUUUUGGAGCUGCUGUUGGAGCGCGUAUUGGAGGGCCAGUGGGAGGUGCAGUGGGGGCUGUAGCAGGAGCUGCAGUUGAAUCAAAGCAAGAGGCUGACCUCAGAGUGGUGCAGGUGGGUCAGGAGAAAGUUGGGAAGAGCUCAGCAGGAAACACCAUCCUGGGAAAAAGGGCGUUUGACUGUCAUGUCAGCUCCAUCCCUGUGACUCUGAGCUCUCAGAGGAUGGAAGGAGAAGUUCUGGGCCGCAGAGUCUCUGUGGUGGACACCCCAGGGCUCUGCAGCUCCCGCGGGCACAACAUUCUGGGUCCUGAGUUCCUCAAACACACCAUGAUCCUGUUCACCUACGGAGAUCGACUGAAAGACACUGAUAUAAACUUGGAUCAGUUUGUUAGAGAGGAUCAGAACCUGCAGAAGCUGCUGAAAAGCUGCAGUGGGAUGUACCACGUUCUUAACAACAAUGAGAUGGAAAACAGGAGGCAGGUCCAGGAUCUGCUGGAUAAAAUAGAUCAGGUCUCAGGUGGAG